UGGUUCUUCUCUCUCUCUCCAUCUCAAUGCUCUCUUUCUUCAAUGCUCUCUUUCUCUCUCUAAGAAACCAUUUUUUCUUCUUCUUCUGCCAAGAAAACCCAUCUAAUGUUUGAGUAGAUGUUGAUAAAGAAGAAGUGGUGUUAUGCUGAAGCUUUUGGGAAGCGAAGAGGCAGAUAGUAACAGUGGAAGAGAGUCAAAUGUUCUUAUCCACUGAGAACACACCACAUGACCACCCACUUCCUUCUCCUUCUUCCAGUUUCGUACAUCUCACCUCUACCUCUUCCCAUGAAUUAGCUCAGUCCCAUCCCCAGAGUUUCUCCAUCAGAGAUUACGCAUAUAAUAACCGGAAGAACAACAUCAACAACAACUGGCCCUUUUCUCCCAAAAGUCUCCAACUUCUUUCAACUCAUGGAGUGACUGAUCCUUUGCCACCGUUUCAGAUCACGGCUAGUUCAUCGUCAGGGAAGCAGAUUGUAUCCCAUGUCCAACGAGGAAGACAUUUGGCUAAACUUGGGCUAAAUCAGACAAUAGUAAAGACUAGACAAGGAGAUUGUAGCCAGUCUAAGAUCGUCAGGAAUGGUUUGUUCAGGAGCACAAGUGUUUCCAAGUCUAAGGAAGGGAUAGUACUAGUAGCUGCUACAAGUAAUAAUCACCACAAGAGUAAAACGUGUGGAGGAGGAAUGGUGAAAUCCAAAGAAGCCACCAGUUGUGUUGGGAUCGAAUCAAUCAUGGCUUCAAAAACAUGUCCUAUUUGCAAAACCUUCUCAUCAGCUUCCAACACUACUUUGAAUGCUCACAUCGAUCAGUGUAUAUCCGUAGACUCACCGGUUAUUAGCAAGCCGAACAAGCCUAGAGUUAACCAGCCUCUAUCUGUUGAUUCAGCGGUGCCUUUGGUUACUAGUAACCCAAGCAAGCCUAGAGGUAAGCCACUGAUGAAAGUGAAAACAAUGGUUGAUAUCUACGCUACUGCUAAAGAAUGCACAUUAGAAGAUCUUGAUAAAAGAAAUGGAACAAAUUGGGCUGUGAUCUCGAGCUACACGAAUAGGGUUGUUGCUGAUAAGUCUGAAGUGUCCAAGAAGCGGAAAGUUGCUCCUGUCGGUGUUGGUCCUAUUUAUGUUGAUGCCAAGGGACAAAAGCUGCGGAUUUUAACAGAGUUCAGCGAGAAGAAGACUUCUUCUACUACUACUCCAUUGACAAAGCAGCACGAGGAUGGUAGUGAUGAAAAUAAAAGUGCAAGCCAAGGUAGUAAAGAAAAUAGUAAAAGCUCAAGGAAGAGACGUCCGGGAAAAAAACAUCAUAAGUAUCUUAAACUAAACAACAGUCACAAAAUCAAAGAGUCAGAGCAGGUUCAAAGAGGGGUUUCUGUAAAAGGUAGCAGCACCGGUCAUCGUAGAAUCUUUAAUCAGCGGAUGUUAGCAGAACGUGGUUCGAGUUCAAAGAAGCUAAAUGAGAAAGAAAAUAAGUUAUAUGCAUUGCGGGAUCAGCCAUCUGAUGAUGAUGAUGAUGAUGAUUCAUGGUCAGGAGGUGAUCAUGUUGUCUUGAGAGGUACUGAUUUGUCUGCCACUGGUUCGUCUUGGAAUAAGACUAUGUUUGGGAGUAAAAGGGCUCAAAGAGUUCGGAUGAGUGAGAAGCAGGAGACAUCACUUGCAGGAGCUCAUCUAAACACUGUCAGGUUGAAGAAGAGCCUUAGUUCGAUUCAAGAAGAUAAGUAUCCACCGGGAAAGAAUGUCAGAGAGGUUACAGAUGCGUCUCCUCGUGCAACUAGUCUGAGAAAGCUGUUGCCACCAUUUGUAGCAAAUGGCUGGAGACGAUUAUCUCUGCCUGUGGAACUAAAGAGAGCUCGGUUGGAUUUGUCAGAUGAAGAAGAAGAAGAAACUGGGAGAUGGGAAUCUGAAAUGACACAAGAACGUGAACUAUCAGAUGAUGAUUAUGUUUCCGGUGAUAAUGGAGAAAGAAAUGAGGUCGUACGCAGAUCAAAUCCCUUAACAUUUAGUGGUUACAAUGAAUAUGAAUAUGAAGAUGAUGAUGAUGAUGACGAAGAAAGUAGUGAAGAGGACAAAACAGAUGAGUUCUACCAGUCAGAGACUCCACCAUCUAAUGAAACCAUACCUAGCGAGAGAGCUUAUUUGUAUAACUCUGAAGGAGUUGAGAAUAUGGUUUACGAGGAGGACGAUGAUGUGAGGUUUGAUUCUGAGGUGGGAAAGGGAAGCUUAUACGUAGAGGUUGAUACCAUUCCCAUUCCAGGACCUCCUGGAUCAUUUAUACCGAGUCCCCGGGGUAUGAGUUAUGACGAGCAUCUUGGAAACUCGUCGGUUAUCACAAGCCAGCUCCAGUCUUCCAUGGAUCAGCCUGACAGACACUCAUCUGAAUCACCUGUUUCUGCUUUUUCCAACUUUGCAGCUGGUAGAUUGAGUUUUCCAGCAGAGCUAUUCUCCAUGGACGUUCCUUCUCCCUACUCCACAACCCCAGUGAGCUUUCCCGUUCCAUCUCAUCCUGAGAAGAUGACUGUUGACAAGGCAAUAACACCUCCGAGCUUUAGAAACAAUGAUGGUGAGCCUUGUUGUUGCCAAAGAAAAGAGAGAAUCUCCGAGAGCGUUACUUUGAAUCACCAACCAUAUCAUCUACUGCAGCGAAGAGCCGCAGUUUCUUCUUCUUCAAUGGCCAUGAACUUAACCAAACCGCCCACGUGUUUGGAUCCAAAUCUUUCGUUUGAGCAGUCACCACCAUACAUGAUCCAGCAAGAGUUUGAUCUUCAUAGUAAAUUCUCAAACAAGGGGAAUGUCAAUGGCGCUGUUGUGGUGCCUCCUAGUCCUUCAAACUCGGUUUUGCGGUUAAUGGGAAAAGACUUGAUGGUCAUGAACCAAGGAGAAGAAUCUCUGGCUAGCUUAAAACCAACCCCACAGUUUCUUGAUCCUCCUCCUCUAUCUGCUGGAGCUGGCUUAUACUUAAACACAGGUCUCUAUUUAAGGAACAGUUUGGAGCCAACACAUCAACUAGAAACACAAGCUUCAGCAUUCAGAAACAGUUUUGAUCAUGUGAGGUACUUUUCUCAAAGCUAGUCAACGAUCUUUAUGAAGUUUAAGAAGAAAUUGAGAAGUGGGUUCUCUUUGAAUACCGAUCAUCGAACAUGGGUGCAUUGGGUUUCAAGGUAAAUGUUCUACGGCUUCCAUGCUUUAUCUCUUUCUGCAGAGACUGUUGUUGUGUAGUAAAAAAAAAGAAGCUAAGACUUGAAAAUAACACUAUGUAGAGAUAAGUAACUUUACGCUUUCAGUUGCUACCAAAGUUGUCUAAAGGCUCCAGAAAGUUUAAAAACAAACUUUUACUUUA